AGACCGCAUCAGAAGGAUGGCUAUGGUCGGAACACAGGAGCUCGGUUGUCAGAUAUUGAAGUUUUGUAUUAUUUGUUCCCGAAUAAUAAAUUGAAGUUUUGCAUGAUUUGUGUCCGAAUAAUAAAUUAUAUAAAUAAAAUCCACCACCAAAAUCCGCUUUUUUAGAGGUUUUAAAAAAGGUGUACCAUGUACACCUUUUUUAAAACCUCUAAAAAAGCGGAUUUUGGUGGUGGAUUUUAUUUAUAUAAUUUAUUAUUCGGACACAAAUCAUGCAAAACUUCAAUUUAUUAUUCGGGAACAAAUAAUACAAAACUUCAAUAUCUGACAACCGAGCCCCUGUGGGUCGGAAAGGUGCAGGUCAAUCGGAACUCCUUGAAUGUCUCGCGCACUCGACAUAGAUGUCGAGUGCUCGAGACAUUCGAGGAGUUCCGAUUGAGGUGCAGGUGCAGGUGCUGCGCAUUAAAUACCAGAACUAGCAGGAUUGUAGGUCUGGUUAGAUGUUUAAUGAAAGAUGAAUUGAGGAUACUGCGCUGUCUACCAAAAUUACAGAAUUGAGGAAGUACUUGAUCAGGGAUGCAAUAUGAGUUGAAGAUUACAACACACGAUACACAGCGGUUACAGAUUAAAGGCAGUAUGGACAUGACUAUAGAAAUCCUCCUGGCAAUCUCUCUGAGCCUCUGUUUGUUUGGCCUGGUACAGGGACAUGGUCGUCUGAUUGAUCCCCCUAGCAGGUCCAGUAUGUGGCGCUAUGGAUAUAGAAAUCCCCCCAACUACAAUGAUAAUCAACUGUACUGUGGAGGAGUACAGAUUCAAUAUGAAGUGAAUGGUGGAAGAUGUGGGGUGUGUGGGGACCCAUUUCAAGGACCUCUGGACAACGAACCAGGAGGAAAAUACGCAAAUGGAAUCAUUGUUUAUUCCACAACUGUUGGUGCUAUCAUGCCUGUUACAGUGGAACUCACGGCUCCUCACAAAGGCUACAUGGAAUUCAGACUCUGUCCAAAUGAUGAUCCCAGGAAAAAAAUUACACAAAAGUGUUUGGAUGAUUUCUUGUUAACCAUCAUUGAGUCCAAAAGCACAAGGUACCCAGUGACAAUAGCUGGGAAGUACAAGUUUAAACUGCAACUUCCUGAAAGUGUCAGGUGUCGUAACUGUGUUCUACAGUGGAGAUAUAACACGGGGAAUAGCUGGGGAGUGGAUCCAAAAACUAACAGAGGGUGUAUAGGCUGUGGUAAUCAAGAACAGUUCUAUGGAUGUUCUGAUAUUGCUAUAGGCUAUACUGAUUUAGAACCCGGAUUCUCUCUGAUAACUAACCAGAUGAGUAAAGGAGACCCCAUCUAUCAGCCUGGUGUGCCCACCCCACCACUGGUUCCCACUGAACUGAUGACAUGGGGACCAGGUUCUCCAGAAAGUGGAGAGGUGGAUCCAGUUGUUGUACCUGGCUCUAGUGAGUCCAGCUCUAACGUGGCAUACAAAGUGUACAAGAAUUUCUUAGACUUUCAAAGCCAGUUUCCAAACAAGUACGCCAGACCAUGUGUCUGCCAUUCUUGUGUUGGCAAAACUUGUGUGUGUGAAUGUUUUGAAGGUGACUUUUCUGCUUCAUCUACAAACCAUCUCCAAAGUUAUCUAAUGUUAACUGUGUUUGUUAUGUCAUUUCUAUUACAAAGAGUGCUGUAUUAAGAGAUUCUGUGUAAAAUGGAUUUUAUGUCAGUUUUUCAUUUUUGAUACAGGAUUGUAUAUGAUUUUAAGAUAUAGAUUGGGCCCACCAAUCAUUAUGAACCAGCUAUACUUGACUGUUAGCUGUAACAUGUGAACUAUUGCAGUUAUCUUUUUUUUUUUCAAUAGUUAUCUGUCAAUAUCUGACAUUAAUGAAAAAUUCUACUUGGUGACCUUCGCUUUUUUUUGCUUUAUGAAUAAUGACCUUGGGCAGCAAGAAAUUAUCUUAUGAUUGGUUUCCUUUCUGUGAUAUUCACAGAAUUUAUUAUACAUGUAGUUCUAUAGACUUCAAUGUUAAACUGAUUAAGUCUAUCGAAGGAAAAUAUUAUAGGCUUUGUUAAAAAAAAUGUGAGUCAUUUUUAUAUGUUCACCUUCAAAAUGAUAUAGUGGUUGUAGUGGUCUACCCCACCAAUCAGUUUAUUAAUGUCUGACUCAAUGCAAUAUAAAAAAUGAUAUAUGCGUACAGUGUGCAGGAAAUCCAUGUUACAGAUUGUAUGAUAUGGCAGAUCUGCAAACUGAAAUUGAAAUAAAAGGACUUUAACAAGGAA